AUGGCCAGUCCGCUCUUAAAGUCCAUGCUGGCCUUCUUUCUCCUCAUUUCCGGGACCCGAGCAGCGAGGUUCGUUACGCGCGCAGUUGAGAAGGCCGAGACACCAAAACGCAGCAACUUGACCCCAGACGCCGCAGCAGACAAAAUCCUGUCUUUGCCUGGAUUUCAGAACGCUCUCCCAUCAAACCAUUUUGCUGGUUAUGUUCAGGUGGACGAGCAACGAGGUCGCCGCCUCUUUUAUUACUUCGUUGAGAGCGAGCGCGACCCCGCCAACGACCCGGUGGUCCUCUGGCUGAAUGGCGGCCCCGGCUGCAGCUCCUUUGACGGCUUCGUGUACGAACACGGCCCCUUCACCUUCAACCUCGCCGUACCCGGGCCCUCCACAACCGCUACUGCCACUUCCGAUGACGCGGGGGGUGUUGCGGGGGGGCUGCAUGUGGAGCUCCGGAGUAACCCCUUCGCCUGGAACAAGGUGGCCAAUAUGAUCUUCCUGGACUCACCCGCAGGUGUGGGCCUGUCGUACAGUGAGAAUGCGGCGGACUAUGUGGUUGACGACGUCCGUACGGCAGCUGACGCGGACCGCUUUUUGCGUGGUUGGUUUCGGAGGUUCCCGCAGUAUCUGGACAACGACUUCUAUGUCAGCGGUGAGAGCUAUGCGGGUAUCUACGUGCCUAAUCUGGUCCGUCAAGUACUGUUGGGCAAUGAGGCGGGAGAGGAACCGAACAUAAAUAUUGUGGGCUACUUGGUUGGUAACGGCUGUACGGAUGAGCGUUACGACGGUAACGCCCACCCGCUGUUUGCCGCGGGCAAGUCGCUCCUUCCUUGGCGGGGUUUCCGCGAGCUCGAGUCCGAGUGCGGCGGGGGCGAGUACUGGAACCGUACACACGGCAGCACCUGUGACAAGCUGUGGAACAAGCUGGAGGCCAACCUGGCGGCGCUGAAUGUGUACGACACUUUGCAGGACUGCUUCCAUGACGGCGUCGUCGAUGACCGGGCCGCCCGCGGCGCCGCCCUCCGCGCGGCCGCCCUUGCCCGUCAGGACCGCGCCGCCGCCGCCGCCGCCGCCGCGGCUAGGCCCCAACACACUAGGCACCGGCAGCUAAGCGCUGACGGCGUUGGCAGUUUUGUGGGAGGCCGUUUUCGAAUUUCGGAGCAGCUUUUGGACGAGGCUGGUCUGCUGGGUGUGUGGCCGCUGGCUGGCGGAGUUGUACGGCCGGGUCCCGUACUGAACUGGGCCCACGUCAGCGCCAAGCUGGGUGUACGACUGGGCAUCACACCGCCAUGUACGGACUCCAGGCUGUGCGACCCAGGCACUGCCCGGCAGCAGCAGGUGUGCCGGGCUGCCGUACAGUACCGUACAGUGCCGUACACGGCCGCGGAUUUAUGGUUGAACGAUCCGCGGGUGCGCGAGGCCAUUCACGCCGAGUCCAGGGAGGCCAUCGGGUACUGGACCUUGUGUUCCGACAAGAUUUCCUACUUCCGAGACCACGGAUCCAUGAUUCCGAUUCACAUCAACAACACCAAGAUGCAUGGCCUUCGCGCCCUGAUCUACAGCGGGGAUCACGACAUGGCUGUGCCCCACACGGGCAGUGAGGCGUGGACAGGGGAUCUGGGUUUCCCCGUGAAGACGCCCUGGCAGCCUUGGUUCGUGGCGGAUGAACAGGUGUGCGUGUGUGGAAUGUUUGUGAACGAAAGCUGUGUCACCGUGUGGUAUGUAGAGGCUCUGACGUCGGACUGACUUUGUUUCCGUACACUGAAGGAUGUGCCGUACAGGACUUGGGCAGUCGCAUGGCUGUGUGGUAUUUGACGUCUGUAUAGUAAAAGAACUUCUUCUUCUUCUUACAUGUCGUGCUUAUUUUUUCGUACGUGUGUUGCACAUUCAACCAGCUCGUGCGCGUGCUUAUGUUUGGUACGAGAGAGACGGCGCCUCGAAGGGGGGAGAUUUGAGGAGAAGAUGUACACGCUGUGUGCGUGCGUGGGGAGCAGUGUGUAUGAGCAGAGGGGGGGGGUGAGGACGCGCGCGGCGCGGAUUUGAAAGGGGCCUCCAAAAGGAACCAACAGUUGACAUGACAAUAAUGUGUAGCUCUGUGAAGCUUUUGUUUAAAUGGCGUUCACAAAGCUUAGUCACAAAUGCUGGGGGUCGGUAGUAUUUAACGAGCGAGAACAGAUUAUUCAAGGGAAUUACUACAAGUACUCAAAAAAGUCAAUUUCGUGUAACCACAGGCACGAGAUGAGAUCCUGUACGAAAGGAAAAAAAAGAAAAGGACAAAAUGGUACCUCCCAUCGCAACGCGGCACCGAUAGUCCAAGUUUGUGGUGGUUAGAUUUGGGGAAAUAAGGGGGGUUGCGUCAGUCAGUAGAUGUGUGAGGUCAAAAGACAGAGCUUGGUUCAAAUUCUGUGUCAAAACGAAACUGGUCAAAUUUUGGAUCCAGAAAACAGCACUCAAAUUUUGAUAAAACAAGCAGCCGCACCUUAGGUAGUCCCACAUCGCACGACAAAUGAUCCAAUCUUCUAACACAUCCUUAAAUUAAGGUCUGCAAUACAAACCACCUUACCGACUCCAACUCCAACCGUAAAAAAUCCCACUCAGCCCCGAAAAGGAGUCCACGAAAAAGGUCGUUUCGUCGCCCCGAAACCACUCAAAUCACA